AUGAUCAAGGAGCAACGAGAAAGGAGUGAAGAGAGCGAGUACUUGCUACUGGCGGCUUAUGCAAAUGAGCUGGAAUGGACAGCUGGAAAGAGUGGUGCGGAGUCCCGUUAUACAAGAAAUGUCAUCAUCCAUGGUGGAGACAUCAAAUAUGCUAUCAGAGCGAUUGAGUUUCUUGAAGAGCUUGGCGAGCUACAACCUAUAAUUGCAACCGUCCCGGAAGAGAUAGUGGACGUCCUGAAUAAAAGAGGAAUACUACAAAAGCCUCGGAUGUGGGAAGACAAAUUCCCUAAAGAGAGAACGAAAUGGAUUAAAGACUGUGAUCAAGUGAUCAAAGCUUGGUUGCAUACUGGAGAGGAAUCAUAUCGCGAGGACGAAGUCAAGGAAAAACGUUUCAGGCUGAGUCAAUGGAUGGCUGAUCGAGUUGAGGACAUCAAAAGGCGCAGCUAG